AAAAGGUUGAAACAAUGAAAUGCAGCAUAACUGGUUGAGGUAAUAGGAAAGGCCUGCCAUGUGGAUCCCAGAGAGUUAGGACUAUAAAAUCAUCUAGCAAGUCAGUGCAUACUACAAUUAGCUACCUGAUCUCCUGCCCUCUGUGCAACCGCCACUGAGAUGUAUUUCUCUGUGUCUUUCUGUUUGUGUCUGGUGCUUGGUGCUGUACUCAUCAUAGCCGUACCUCCUGAAUUCCCUCUUGAGAAACAAUAUUUCGAGGAGGGCGUUCGUCUGCCACGUGUUACAUGUGACCUGUUAGGUUUCUCCAUCGGUGGUUUCUCUCCGGGCCACAGCUACUGUGCCGCACACUGCCUCGCGCUCAGGAGGGGGUUCCGAGGUGGCAGGUGUAGCAAGGGUGUCUGCCACUGCCGCAAGUGAAGAUCGCAGUAUUUUAACCGUCUAAUUACCACGAUAAUCUUUUACUCUAAUAAAGUGUCAGCGAUUGACAUCUUUCCAUAAAAAAUUAUGGAGUUAAAUUUUUUUUGUAAUCAUCAUUAUUAUUAAACUAUUUUUAAACAA